AUGCCGCUGGCUCCUGCGGGCCAUGGGCCACCGUCAGGGCCUCGAUUGGCCGCUCAUCCGAUAUCCCCAGCCGGCCAACAGUCUUCGAUAUCCUCCCGUUCAAGCAUCUCCAGACCGACACCGAGAAUCACCCGCAACGACUCCUUUGCCUCGAUUCCUGGAGAUGUCUCUCCUGCUACUCUUCGUUCGAAUGCCAAUUUUGACUCUUUCCCCUCACGAAGGGCUCCCGGAUCUGUAGCAAGUUUCGUGGCAGCUAGACCGCCGCCUCGAUCGAGUACACCCGGCAGCACCGUGAGCUCCUCCUCGUCGCCUAUGUUCUUCCACGCCAGCGAUGUCAAAGGAGGUCUCCGUGCUCCGAAAGCACCGGUUCUAGCAAAGGCUCCAGUGGUGGCCAAACCGCCAGUAUCCUCAGCAAAGUUUUUCUAUGCAUCCGACACUCGCAAUGGCCCUUCGUCUCGCUCGCAUUCGCCUGUCAGGGACGAUCUGAACGUUAGCCGCGUUACCUCUCCUCCUCCAAACCAGACACCUCAUCUCACUCCUUCCGGCAGACAUGGUUCCGUCGUUUCCACAACCACCAUCACUCCCUCGAAAACCACCAUCACUCCCUCGAAACCUACCCCUUAUGUCAAAACUAAUGUCACUCCGACUAACACAACGAGACGACGAGACCUCUCACCCGAUCCUCGACCUGUAUCUCCUCGCACCGACAGUAGUACUAGUGGCAGUCAGGCGUCAACAGGACCCAGGUUAAUGGCCAGUCCGAAAAUUGGAACAUCACCUCCUGGAAAACAGUCGCACUUGUCUCACCCUCCACCUCAUCUCCCUUCGAAUCCACCUUCUGCCCCUUCGUCGAACAGAAACUCUUUCACUGCGCCACACCCGCCACAGAUUCACUCCCAGUCGCAUUCCCGACGGCAAUCUGCUGAUUUUACACCACCUGUACGGGCUGCUAGAGCUGGAUCCGUUAGCGGAGUGAGUGUAUAUGAUCAAUCUCCAAAAUCACCGACUCUGCCGCUGCACGCGAUAUCCAGUGCCCAUGCCAUGAUAGAGCAUCAGAAGGAUCUCGCUGCAGCGGCUAGACGAGAGAGAAAGAUCAUGGAUCUCGAAAUUUCCAAUGCUUCCCUCCUCGCUAUCAACAAAACUUUCGAGCGCCGAAUCCGAAAGCAAACAGCCGAACUUCGCCGUUUCCGUCGUUUAGCCAGAGCAGGGCUACUUUCAUCCGAUAAAUUUAAGAAACAUAAGAGAAAGAGCAGCCGGGAUGUUGAUUCCGAAGCAGACCCGGAAGCCGGUGCCGAAUAUAAUUCAGGAGACGAAAGCUCAGAUGAAGAAGAGCUUGACGAGGAAGAGGAAGACGACGACUUGGACGACGAAAGCUCUUCAUCUGGCUCCGGCGAUGGAAAAGAAGAAUCGGAGAAGGAUUUGGCAAAGAGAGCUAAAGACGAAAAACACCUUGCUUCGGAUAUUGAGAAGCAUAGAGCUUUGCUUGAAGCAUCUGCCAAAAUGAAUGCAUCUCUGAAGCGCUGCCACGUUCUCGCCGAAACACUUAUUGAGGAAGGAAAGCGGGCAUUAGAGGUUGAAGCUGAGCUGGAAAAGAAGAGAAGAGCACCACGGGUAGUCGACUCCUCAGACUUCGAUGAAGGGGUUACGGAAUCGGAACUCGACACAGAACUUGAUGACCAAGAUAAUACCACAACAGACGACAACCAAAGCGACAGAAGCGGGGCAUCCACUCCCACAUAUUAUCAAGACAGCGAGGUUGACGGCAGUGGGCCACGCAGCAUCAGUGACUACGAGAGCCGGAGCGAAUAUGAGAGCCGGAGUGAAUUCAGCGGCAGUGAAGGAUAUUACAGCGAAGAUUAUGAAAGCCAAGAUGAAAGGGGUGGCAAUGUGUACGAGGUUGAUGCCCCGGAUGUUCUCCCACGCCUUGACUCCGAAUAUCCGAUAUUGAGAUUAGCCAAGAUGCCCGUCAUUGCGAAGGUACAGUAA